AUGGCCACAGCAUCGGGCUUUGUCAAGGGUAUCGCAUGGGAAAUUGAGUCCCCCUUUCUUGACGUGGAUUACGAGGCGCGGGAUGCUUUAGGCGUUCCGAGCUUGAAACACCUAGCGACAAAGAAAAUACUCAGCGAUCAACGAAAUUUGGAAUUGGAGCAUUUUCGCCAUAUCCCUUGGCCGAUUGCGGAACAACUAUGGCAGUAUCUGACUCGAAGUGGCAAGCGGACUUUGCACAUGUGGAAAAUAUUUUGCACUGUUUAUCCUGAUCAAUUUCGACAAGUAUCUCAAUACUGCAAAUUGGGAAUGAGAACCCCUUCGUUUCCUCUGGCUGGAUACAUGGGUUUGGUCCAAAGCUCGAAUUGUUGCUGGGCCACUUCACUGAGCAUAUGGACCCAAUUUGCACGGGUACCGGAGCUAGUCAAACUGGCUGAGAUGGCCAACCUCGUUUCGCUGGAGAUUAAUACCCCAUACACACACAGAAAUGAGGAUAAAGACAUGGCUGCCCUUAACGACCGCAUUUUGAGAACAUGGAGCGAGCUUGUUGAAACAUCGAGAGCCUUUCAACACCUUCGGGUUCUAAGAUUAUAUUCGCAACAAAACCUCACAGGGCGGUCGUUUUGCUACUUAUCCCAACUUCCAUCACUGGAGUACUGCGUAUUGGCGAUGUGUGACGGGAUGACACAGAGAUCCGCCGUGAAAUUGGCCAACUCACAGGGAUGGUUUGUCAUUCAGGAUGACCCCAAGCACGCGAUGUUCCAGUUUUCCCCAUGUGAUCCUUCAAAAGCCUUUGAUGGUCACAAAGAAUGGUACAUCAAUCACUCAGAUGACUUUGUCCCAUCUUCUUUGCCUAAGAAUACCCCGCUUCUCGAAUUCUCGGUAGGACAAAGAUGCGAGAGGCUAAAGGAGGGUGACGUGAUCACUAUGUGCCGCAAGCUCGAUAGCCACAAUUCUCACGCCAAAGGGAAUAAACGCAACUUCGGCGAUACAGUCUCGCCAAAAAGGAAUGACGCCGCUCUAAAGAAAGCAAGAAAGCCGGUCAUGAAACAGCGUGGCAAAGAUCUCUCUGGGAUGCUCGCUGAAUUUGUGUAG